AUGAGUGGAGCUGCUGCCACCCUGAAGCGUUUACUAAACCAACUAGAAAAUAUAAAAAACGAAAUUGAAACCAAAAUUCUUCCAGCUGUUGAACGUUUGGAGGAAAUUGAUAGAAGAUUUACUAAACUUUCAAAGUGGCAUAAUAAAAGGCAGAAGGAUGAGCUUGAAUUGAGGGGGUACACUUUUUUGAGUAGGAAGCAGUCUAAAAUGAUGAUUAAUGGAAAAGCAUUAAAUGAAGCAGGUAGUAUCUCCCCACAUCAUCCAGUAUCUCCCCACAUUCAUUAUCUCUCCCCACAUUCAUAAUCAAUCACAUUAAGUUUCACAUUUGGGACAAAAAAUGGUAUCUUAUAAAGAGCAUAGAUUAGGUGUGAGUAUCGCUCCAAUCAUCCAGUAUCUCCCCACAUUCAUUAUCUCUCACUGUCAUACAAAAUCUUCCUCUCAUCUCCACUGUAUCUCUUUCCUCAUCCAUUAUCUCUCCCCCUUAACCAGUCAACCAGUAUCUCAAUACCUCACUCAAUAUCUCUCUCUCUCUCUCUCAUCUAAUAUCUUCCCCCGAAUCCUACUA